CCAUGACAGGUUGAGCCUGACAGGAAUGGGGCUGCCGGUCUGCUCUGCCGUCGGCAGAAACGCUCCCGGGCCAACCUGACACUGGAAGAGGCGGAGCGCCCCUUUGUGUCUGAGCCCCACCGGCGCCGGCCUCGAGAUGCAGGCAGCCCUGGAGAUCACUGCUCGCUACUGUGGCCGGGAGCUGGAGCAGUAUGGCCAGUGUGUGGCAGCCAAGCCUGAGUCAUGGCAGCGGGACUGUCACCACCUUAAGAUGAGCAUUGCACAGUGCACGUCCUCCCACCCAGUCAUCCGUCAGAUCCGCCAGGCCUGUGCUGAGCCUUUUGAGGCCUUUGAGGAGUGUCUCCGACAGAAUGAGGCAGCAGUGGGCAACUGUGCAGAGCACGUGCACCGCUUCCUGCAGUGUGCUGAGCAAGUGCAGCUGCCACGCUCACCCUCAACUGUGGAGGCACAGCCACUUCCUGCCUCUUGAGGACUCUGGAGCAUAGGAAACUGGACACAAGCGACUGGCCACUUGAUGCCUGCACCUCCAUGUGGACACAUGGAGUCCUGAGGGCCCUGAAUGUGAGCCUUGCUUCUCUGGACAUCAGGACUCAACAUUAAUAAAGAGUGUAUACCAGG